AUUUAGACGUUUGAUAAAGAUUUCGGAUUAAUUUAACAAGAAACUACCAGAAGAUUGGAGAAACUAAAUCCGAUUUUCACGACGCGACACGACGCCGGCGAUGGGAGCGUCCACUUCGGCGGAGCCGAGGGUUUCGGCGGAACAGCACGAGGCGGAAGCCGUCGCAGGCUCCACUGGAGCUCUUCCAAUGCUUCAGAAAGCGUUCUCCAAGCUCGCCAAUCCCGAGACAAACACCGUUCCCUUAGAAAAUCUACAGCAAUGCUUUAGUUUCGGUCCAAGUUAUUCCGGAAACAGCGUGCCUGAUUCGUUUCCGGUGUUGUUGGAUCACCUAGGCUCGUCCCUAGUGGGUCAAUUUUUCGUGCCUGACAAAGGGGGAAUAAACUGGGUUGAAUUUGUGAAAGGUUAUAACAAGUGCUGUGCUAGGGUGUCUGCUUCGGUUUCGCUGAACAUGCUUGUAAGAGUGUUCGUUGCUAUCUCACAAAGUGCGAAAGUGCCUCUGCAUUUGGAGUUUGAAUCCGGGGAUGAUGAUUGCAAGAUUAACGGGCACCUUCUUCCCAAUCACGUGUUUCUGCUUCUUUCCGUGUGUUGGGUUAUGUCGUGGGGCUCUAGAAACUUGAAAGGGGAAGGGAAUCUCGGUCUACCGGAUCUGAAUCAUUUUUUAUUGUCGGUGAUCACAUCGUGUGCUGGAGUUGACAGUGGUUUGAAUGUGUGGGAUUGUGAUAUCUCCAGCUUGGAGGUUCAGCUUCCUGCGGGCAAGUUUGUUACAUGGGUUAUGAGUACCGUGCCGUGCCUCCCGGAUUGCUUAAGGCAGUAUUUUCAUGCUAGACUGCAAAUGGCUGCAUCUGCCGGGGCUGAAUUAGCAUCCUCUAGUUCCUCCUCUGUUGGAGAUAUUUCAUCAACAGCUGCAUAUGAUUAUAUUUUGACCCAAGGAAGGGCAUGGGCAAUUUCUAUUACACAGAGAAGUGCAGUAAAUGAAGAGAUUUCUAGAGCAUUUAUAAGUAGUGGAGGUGGAAUGGAUGAUAUCCUUAUUUAUCGGUCAUCAUCUCAUGGAAGAGGACUUGGCAGAUUUUGGUCUCAUGUUGAAGGUUACAAAGGUCCUUUGUUAAUUUUGAUAGCUGCAAGUUCAGGAGAUGCCCAGGAGGAAAAUUCCAUCAAUAGGAAAUGGGUUAUAGGUGCCUUAACAGAUAAAUGUUUUGAAAAUAAAGAUAUCUUCUAUGGAAACUCUGGAUAUUUAUAUUCUAUUAGCCCAGUGUUUCAUGCAUUUCCACCUACUGGUAAGGAAAAGAAUUUUGUUUAUAGCCACUUGCAUCCUACUGGUAAAGUAUACCAACCACGGCCAAAGCCAGUUGGAGUUGCAUUUGGAGGAACUCUGGGAAAUGAGAGAAUAUUUAUAGAUGAAGAUUUUGCAAAAGUGACCAUUCGCCAUCAUGCUAUUGACAAAACCUACCAUAGUGGAUCCCUCCUUCCGGAUCAGGGUUUCCUACCUGUUGAUGGUCUGAUUUCAGAAGUUGAAGUUUGGGGUCUUGGUGGGAAAGUAGCAAAGGAAGUGCAAAACUCUUACAAGAAGAGGGAAGAACUUUUCACUGAGCAAAGAAGAAAAGUUGACUUGAAGACAUUUGCAAAUUGGGAGGAUUCACCUGAGAAAAUGAUGAUGGACAUGGUGUCUGAUCCAAAUGCUGUUCGAAGGGAAGACCGUUGAGUUGAAGAAAAGUUAAAAGGCAUAACCGUGGACUAAAUUCCACGCUUUACGUUGUUAUUGGUCAUUAUUUUUCAGGCCUGUGAUUCUCAAGUAGCUGUACAGAACACAAAAAUAUGUAUAUUAACAAACAUAUCGUUUAGUGCACUAUAUGUGGCUUGUGUAUGUUUACGAUAUCAUCCUCAAAUAGUCAAAUGGGAUCAGGGUUCAACACCAUUAUGUGCAUUCAUUACAAGUCAAACGAGGAACAUGGCUGAAAGUGUAAACCAGAAAUCGUCGGGCGAGAUAGGACCCUUGUGUUCAGUGUAUAUUAAUAAGUGGAAAGCUUAGGUUAUUCACCUCACCCUUCCAGCAGGUGUAUUUCAAAGUUUCUAGCAUCACUUUUAAACAACGUACUCGUCUACACGUUAUAUUAUUGACAUUUUUAUAUCUUUGCAUGCAACAAUUUUUCAUUUUACUA